GGGCGGGGCCAUAACUGGCUGCGGGCGGCCGGGCUCGCCCAGCGCUCUGGGCAGAAGUUUCGGCGGUUGCGAGAACAAAGCGCAGGCUUCCCGCAGACGCCCGCCGGGGGCCCACCCGUCGCAGGUCGGCCGGCCCCCGGGGGGAGGAGCGCAGCCUGGUGUUCCCCAAGCAGCCGCCGCCUCCUCGGCCACAGCUCAGCCCCGCGGCCUCCGGGCGUCUAAGCGGGAGCUCGGCUUCGCGCGUCCCCGCGGUUCAUGCAAGGCGCCCUUCUGCGAAUCCCAGGCGCUUCCUCAGUCGGAGCGCGGCGUUGCCGAGAUUUGGGGGCCGCUGAGACCGAGGGUCUGGCGGCCGCAGGGACUACCCAACGAAGGGGCUCCGGCCCGGGAGGUGCUGGAACAUGGGCGCGGAGCUGCAGUUUGUUUGACAGUUGCCAGACUAUGUUUACAUUUCUGGUUCUACUCAGCCAACUGCCCAUAGUAACCUUCGCGUUUCCUCAUUGCACAAGAAGUCCAACGGAAUCUGGGUAUGCGGGAAAAGAAGUCUUUACAUCAAAAGAAGAAGCAAACUUUUUCAUACAUAGACGCCUCCUAUAUAAUAGAUUUGAUUUGGAGUUCUUCACUCCUGGGGACCUAGAAAGAGAGUGCAAAGAAGAACUGUGUAAUUAUGAAGAAGCCAGAGAGAUAUUUGUGGAUGAAGAUAAAACGAUGACAUUUUGGCAGGAAUAUUCGAUUAAAGGACCAACCACAGAAUCAGAUGCCAACAGAGAGAAAAUCGAUGUUAUGGGCCUUCUGACUGGAUUAAUUGCUGCUGGAGUAUUUUUGGUUAUUUUUGGAUUAGUUGGUUACUAUCUUUGUAUCACUAAGUGUAACAGACAAAGACAUCCAGGUUCUUCAGCCACAUAUGUGAGGGGCAGGCAUGCUUCCUCCAUCAUUUUCAGAAGACCUGAGGAGGCUGUCUUUUCUCCAUCACCACCUUCACCAGAGGACACAGGAUUACCUUCUUAUGAACAGGCAGUGGCAUUGACUAGGAAACACAGCGUUUCACCACCACCACCAUAUUCUGGGCCAGCAAAAGGAUUUAGGGUAUUUAAAAAGUCUAUGUCGCUCCCAUCUCGCUAAGCCCAUUUUGCCAUCUUGGUGGUAUGGAAGAUUCAUCUUAUUUGAAUGGUUUGUGUUUCCUGAACCAGAAAGGACAAACUGCAGGGAACAGAGGAGGAAUAAGCACUAGUUCUAUACCGCAGAAGUUCUGUCAGCAUCUUGGACCUGAACCUGAUUAUUAUCAGCUUGUUAAGAAACUUUGACUCCAUAUCCUUUCAGUUAAGCAGAGAAGACUUUUUUUGUUUAUUUUAAUGGUUCAAAAAAAUCUGUGUCAUGGAUGUCAAAGAUUGAACUGAUGAAAUAUCUGAUCCUGUGUACAAAUAAGGGAUGGAGAUUUCUUCUUGUGUUGAGUAUUUUAAAAAAUAAAAGAGUUUCUAAUCAUUAGAUUAUCCCAAGUCAUUAUAUUGGACCCAUUCUUUACUAGCAUCACUUUUUUGGUUGGUAAUACUUCACAGAAUUUGACAUUUCAGUGUAAAUUGGUGGCCUUAAUAUGAUCACUUGGUUUUAAAUUUUAAUUAUUGCAUAGCAUUCAUAUUUUGUAGGUUUUAGUUGUUAACUCUUGUUAUUAGUCAUGUUUUAUUAUGGAGAGUGGGGUCAGUAGUUUUUUUUUUAAAAAAGACACCUACUUGCUAGGGAGUUAGAUCUUCAGUGGGCACAGUACUGCAAUGGCAAGACGUGAAAGGGUUGUUAUUGUAGCAAAUAAAUAAGUAGGCCUCAAAUCUAGGAGUGACUAGAACUUGAUAAAGUUGUCCAUGUUACUGACAAGUAGAAACACCCAUUUUCAUUGCUGAAUUACCUAUAUAUAACUAUUAUGUAUCUUGAAAUUUUAUUAAGGCUUGAUAAAUAAUAGUUUGAAAACAUAAUUUACUUUUCUGGUAUUAAAAUUAUACUGAUUACAGUUACCAGCAACCCAUUGUACAUCUUAAUGUCUGGACAAAACACCAUAAGUCAUUAUUUUACCCUGUACUGCUAAUUCUAUAUAUGACCAGUCUCUUCUUAAGAAUGUAGUAGAGUAUAAGCUAUAAACCUUCGGAGUGAGUGUGGGACCAAAGUUAUGUUAGUAGGUGUGUAUAUAUCUGUGAAUUUGUUUCCUCUUUGUAGGAGCUCAAGAAAUAACAUACCCCUGAGAAAUAGAACAUUGUGUUUUGUUUUUGCCAGUAUUGCAUUUUCCUAUUAUUUAAGACCACUUGUGAAAUUGCAUUUUGUUUUAUACUUUUCAUUAGGGUAAAACUAAAACCCACAUGCAUUUGAUAAGCCUUUCCAAAUUAAAUGUUUAGAAAGUAUAAAUCAUUAUAGUAUGUGAGAGUGUAUGUGUCUCUUUUAAGACAACAUGAUCUCAAGUCAGAUAAAAGCAAGGCCUUAAUCAUCAUAGACUGCCAGAGACUUUAUUGUUUCAGAGUCCUGGCAUCUCUUCAGUUGUUUGUCAUAAAGCAAUCAUCUAGCAACAUUUAGAUAUAAGGGAAAGUUGCCUUUUUAAAGCCACCUACAUUACCUAUAAAAAUUUUACUAUUAGUCAUACCUUGGCCUUACAGAGCACUUUUUCUCUUGUAACUGCACUUUGCACUUAUUUUAAUCUUCUUUAAAAGGUCAGAGGCAAACUCUAUUCACUUUGUAACAGUCAGACUAAGGCAUGGAAGGAUAAACUUGCCCCAAAUCUAGAAUGUUGGUGAGAGCUAGGUUUAGAAUGAGCAAGCACAUUUUUCUAGGCCCAUCUUGUACCUAUAGAAUUAUACUUUCUCCAAUUACAAAACACAGGAAUCUUGUUAAUUAAUUAAGUCUGUAUGAUAAAUUUAUAAGCAUUUGUCAUAUAUACAUAAAAUGAUGGUACAUUUAUUACAUAUGUGUACAUGUAUUCUUACAUAUGUAUUUCUUAAGAUUAAUAGAAACAAGCUAUGAUGGAUCUUCUAUUCAUUGUAAUUUGAAAUAGUCCAUGAAUUUGUUUACUCCCACUGACUCACAAGUGUCUAACUGCAAAACUAGCUUUGGAACCUGUGAUAAUCCCUUUUCCCUAGCAGCAGCCUAGAUCUGUCAAAGGCUGUCAUUUAGUGUAAAACUGUUGCUCUAAGGUGAGUUAAGAUUGUGAAGUUACUGAUACUUGUAUAGCAUCCAAUGUUGAGCUCAUAAUACUUUAAUAUAAAAAGGGAAAUGUGAUAGAACAGUUAUAUAUGAAUGUUAAUAUUUAUGCUUUUUUUUCCUUUUUUUUUUUUUGAGAGGGCAUCUCUCAUAUUUAUUGAUCAAAUGGUUGUUAACAACAAUAAAAUUCUGUAUAG